GCCCGGGUCGGCGGAGGAGGAGGGGCAGAGGUGGGAAGUUGCACGUGGCUUCAGAGUUAGUGGGUCUUUUGCGGCGCCGAGUGUCCCCUUAGCUCUGCAGCAUCAUGCCAGGGGGCAGCGACCCCGAGAGCACGGCAGCAGCUGCGGAACCAGCAGCAGCAGGAGCGGGGUGCAAUACCCCAUUUAGCUUCAGCCCGGAGCCCACGCUGGAAGACAUCCGGCGCCUCCAGUCAGAAUUUGCAGCCGAACGAGACUGGGACCAGUUCCAUAAACCCCGGAACCUCCUCCUGGCCCUUGUUGGCGAAGUGGGAGAGCUGGCAGAGCUCUUUCAGUGGAAGCCUGAUGGUGGACCUGGACCCCUGUCAUGGUCCGAAGCAGAACGAGGCGCGUUAGGCGAGGAGCUCAGUGAUGUCCUUAUCUACCUGGUUGCCUUGGCGUCACGAUGUCAUAUUGACCUGCCACAGGCUGUGCUGGCCAAGAUGGAGACCAAUCGGCGCCACUACCCAGUCCACCUUGCUCGCGGCUCUUCCUGCAAGUACACGGAGUUGCCCCACGAAGCCACACCGAAGGCUGAGAGCCUUGGUCCUGCCCCGGGAGCCACUGAGUGUGCACCUGUCUCCAGGGGAGGGGAGGCUACCAGCUAAAGAACACCCACACAUUAGAGUGUGGACCUGGACUGGGGCUAAAAUUCAUGGGACUGACCAGCAGCGCUGCUGAGGGACUGCCAGGAAAGGGAAUCCACUGGGAGAACAAGGACACACAAGCCUUCUCAAAUCCUCCUUUAAUUGUGUUCCUAGGUCUUAGAAAUGCAAGAUUCCUCCAGCCCUCCUAAAUUCCCCUGGAGGAGGGAUUGACUGAAUGGAAUCCUUCUGGAGUUAUUUUUUUUCUUUAAUAAAGCGGUUGGGGAUGAAGUUA